AUGUCCUUCACCGUCUUCAAAGGCACCCCCUCGGGCUCCAUCAAACAAGCAACUGCCAAGAAGCGCUCGCUCUCCGGCGAUCAAGUUCUCAUAAAAGUCUCGCACUCGGGCGUCUGCGGCACAGACGUGCACUUCAAAACCGCCGACAUCGUCCUGGGCCAUGAGGGCGUUGGUGUCGUCGAAGAAGUCGGACCGGCCGUGCAGAGCCUGAAAAAGGGCGACCGCGUCGGAUGGGGGUACGAACAUGACUGCUGCGGGCGCUGCACGCACUGCCUCUCGGGCUGGGAAACCUUCUGCCCGGAGCGGCAAAUGUACGGGUCGGCGGAUACAGACCAGGGCUCGUUUGGGCAGUACGCCGUGUGGCGCGAGGCGUUUGUCUUUUCUAUCCCCGACAGUCUAGAUAACGAGGCUGCGGCGCCGCUUAUGUGCGGCGGGUCGACGGUCUACAACGCGAUGGUUGUCGCGGACGUCAAACCAGCUGCUGUCGUGGGGAUCGUGGGAAUCGGUGGACUGGGCCAUUUGGCGAUCCAAUUCGCGAACAAGAUGGGGUGUCGCGUUGUCGUGUUCAGUGGGACCGACAGUAAAAAGGAGGAGGCGAUCAAGUUGGGUGCGCACGAGUUCCACGCGACAAAGGGCGCCAAGGAGCUCAAGAUCCAGCAGAAACUGAACCAUUUGAUCGUGACGACGAGCGCGCUGGUGGACUGGUCGCUGUAUUUGAAUGUCCUGGAGAGUCGGGCGACGAUCUCGCCGCUGACCGUGUCGGACAAGCUGUUUAGCCUCCCGCACCAGCAAAUGAUAGCGCGGGGCUUGCGUGUGCAGGGCAGCAUCGUGGCCUCCAGGCUGGUCCAUCGCAACAUGCUCGAUUUUGCGGCAUUUCACGGGAUCAAGCCGAUGGUUGUGCGUUUCCCAAUGACGGAACAGGGGAUCAAGGAUUGUUUCGAGGCACUCGAGGGUGGGACGAUGCGGUAUCGGGGUGUUCUGGCUGUGCAGUGA